CGCCACUUGGAUCACAACUAUUGACUAGAUAAAGAAUUGAGACUCUCCUUCCUUCCAAUCCUUGGCAGUGGAGAUAGGCGGCCCAGCCCAGCCCAGCCCAGCUACUAUUCCAACUGUCUCCAGGGGUAUUGCUGACAAAUACGAAGCUACCAAAAUAUUGGAAUGCAAAUUGAAACGGUCUGGUCAAACCUAAUACAAGCAGAGAAUAGAAGAGGUAUCCUUUCAAAUCUUAGUUUUGAUUUCCCCAUCUACCACCAAAUCAACACAGCCUUUUCAUAGUUACGACUUAUUUUAGGAAUAAUAAAAUAUAAACACAGAGAAUUGAAUAACAACAGUACGCUAAAUUAAGUGCAGAAACAAAGGACAGAUGUGGGAAAAGGAAAACUAUGUGCCCCAUAGCAAGACAUUUUCGAUCACGGCCCAUGUUCACAAGCUGAAAGAUAAUUGUUAUGUUCAAUCUUAUGUUCUAUACUUAAUUUGAAGUUGGAUAAAAUACUAGAAUGUCUUUCCUGUUCAAAAAAUAAUAUGAUAUUGUGUCGAUUAAAGUAAAUUAUGUUAACAUAUCAGUGAAUGUGUCUCACAAACACAAAAAUACUAUCAGGUUUUUCUUUUAGUUGGGAACUUCUAAAGUACUCAUUGGAAUGAUCAUGAAGAACUGAAAUUCAAAAUACACCAAAAAAUUUUAACAUUACAAAUGCUAGAGGUUGUAUCGGACAAGCUAGCGAAAUGAUAUUUAGUGAUACAACAAUAAUUUAACCGAUAACAUGCCUACAUGAUACUAUCAUGAAAAUAAUACUAAAAUAAAAUAACAUUGACCAUAACCGGAAAAAAAAAACCAAGUUUCCAAUACCAUUUUGACUAUAUUGUACCGAACGAUAUAAUUUUUUUCUUAUAUUAGAUUUACAUCGUACUAACCUAACUCACAUCAUAACUUUUUUCUAAUCCGACUGUAAUACUUACGAUAUCACAAACCACACGCUUUAACAACAAAUCACAUCUCAAAUUCUGUAGUAUUUUUCGGUCCACUUCACAAUUUGUCUAAACCCUCAACACUCCCCAUCCCUCCUGACUUGAACCAUAUUUCAGAAUGAAGAUUAUCGUCAAAUUAUGCAUGGUCAUAAUACUAAAUUAUUGAAAUGCUCAGAACGAGGGAAAUUAAAAAUGGAAAAGAAAACCCCCGGAUCUUUUCAAUCAUGGAGAUACGGUGUAGUAUCGUAGACGAUUGGGUAGACCAAAGAGUUGUUUCUUUGAACGUUCAAAUCCUCCCCCAACUCGGUCUGGUCCCCAACCCCAGCUCCGGCUUCUAAUUAAAAAACUCUUAAAACCUAAACGCCUAAUUAAUUACUCUAAAAACGCCGCCGUCUCCUCCGCGUUUAGCCGUUUACUUACUACCCUCCCCGCGCCUUUUCCCCCAAAUUUUUUUUUUAAUAAUAAUUUAUAACAAUAAAAAUCAACACGCCGAUACAGUUUGAACGCAUUUCUCCACACGAACAAAACAAACAUGCUGCUUACCUUGAAUGUUGAAUAUUUCACCGUCCAAAAACACCUCCUCUCCUUCUUGGUCCGCAGUCUUCCUUCCUCCCCUUUUGAACGCCGUGUCACUGACUUCCUUCCUUCCUUCCUCUUCAUAUAUAUUCAUCUCUCUUCUUCCCAAAAUCUUAAAACCAACAACGAAUCGAUAAACUCGUCAGAAAACCUUAGAACCAACAAUCAUCGGACAAAAGCAGCAGAAGAAGCACAGCAACAUAUACAUAUUCAGCAAUGGGAUUCGGAUGGAGGAGGAAGAGAAUGAGCAAGAGCAAGAGCCACCACGACAAACCUCACGAUGAGGAUUCGAUUUCGAUUGCCGGCGGUGAAGCGCUGGUUGUUCCGACGCAUUUCAGGUGCCCGAUCUCGCUGGACCUCAUGUCCGACCCGGUCACAUUGUCCUCGGGGAUCUCCUACGACCGGGACGGGAUCGAGACGUGGCUCAAGGCCGGCAACUUCACCUGCCCGGUCACCAAUCAGGUCCUGAUGAGCUUCGACCUGGUCCCCAACCACGCGCUGAGGAGGAUGAUUCAGGACUGGUGCGUUCAGAACUUGAGGUUCGGAGUCGAGAGGAUCCCCACGCCGCGAGUACCCGUCUCCGGCGACGAGAUCGCCGCCGUGCUCGCCCGGCUGGAGAGCUCGGCUAAAAGGCUCGAUGAGUAUGACUGCCGGGAGUGUUUGAGGAAGAUGACCAGCUGGGGGAACGAGAGCGAGCGGAACCGGAUUUCAAUCGCGUCCAACGGCGCCGCCGGCGUGCUCGCCGCCGCGUUCGACGGAUUCGCCAGGGAAACGGUGGAGAAGCGCGCGGUGGUUCUGGAGGAGCUGCUGAGCUCGAUGAGCUGGAUGUUCACGAUGAACAGCCGGGGCGGGGGAAAGGAAGCAGCAGCGGCUCGCGACCGUCUCGCGUCGGCGGAAUCGGUCAAAGCUCUGCUCUGGUUCUUGAAAUCGAACGGCAGCAGAAUCGCCGCCAAGCAGAACUCGCUCGUCGCGCUCAGGGAACUGCUCCUAGCGUCCUCGAAGCGAGAGCGAGUUGCCGAAUCGAUGCUGGAAAUCGAGGAUUUACACCAAAUCCUCUUCGGAUUCCUGAGAUCCCCAAUUUCCCCCGCCAUCACCAAGCUCUCCCUAACCCUAAUCUUCCAGCUCCUCCAGAUCUCGACCUCGAAAUCGAGCGAUCGCUUCAAAUCAUCGCUAAUCGACGCCGACCUCGUGUCGUUCCUCCUGGAGACGAUAAUCGCGUCCUCGAAAGAACGGAGCGUUAGCGAGAAGGCGUUGGGGAUUCUCGACAAGCUCUGUGACGAUUCCAAAGGCAGAGCCGCCGCGUCGGGGAACUCGCUGACGGUGCCCCUGCUGGUAAAGAAGAUCCUGCGGAUAUCUGCGGCGGCGACGGAGUUUUCCGUGUCGGUGAUUUGGAAGCUCGGGAGGUGCGAGCAGAGGGCCCUUGUGGAAGGGCUUCAGGUCGGGGCAUUUCAGAAGCUGGUGCUGGUUCUGCAACUUGGCUGCGGGGAAGAGACCAAGGAGAAGGCGACGGCGACUCUGAAGAUGAUGAAUCCUUUCAGGAACGAGUUCGAGUGCACUGAAUCUCUGGAUUUCAAGAACCUGAAGCGAUCGUUCUGAAAACUGAAAUUAGUGGUGGUGAUUUUUUGGGGGAGGGAUUUGGUAUACCUAGUUAGAAGAUGAUUCUUUGGUGUAAAAAAAAUGUAGUUGAUGAUCUAGUUAGGAGUGAGGAUUAUUUGGUACAUGCAAUACAGUAAGUACGAUACAAUUCUUUUUCACAAAUCAAUAACACCAAUUGUGGGUUAUGAAAAUCAUUGAUAGUUUUCGAUAAAACAAGAGUUAAUGAAACUACCUAAGUUUAUCUUUACCGAUUCAGUUUUACAAUGAGGACAAAAUUUCCUACAUUCUUGCCAUGUGUUUCGUUGCGUGAUUCGAAUAUGGUAAUCAUGAACACUGAUAUGAAGUUUACCGGUUGAAAUCAUUGUGUUUUAUAAUAUAGCAAAAUGGAAAUUCAAAAUGUUCUCCACCAACAAUGAGGUAAUUGAAAAAAUAGAACGAAAAAUCCAGAAUAAUGAUACGAUUAUUGA